UGAGAGGGGCUGGUUUGUUGACAGGAAGAAAGCGUGAAGCGGUAGUGAUUAUAGGCUUCCAGGGCUUAACUAUUCCGACCUGACGUAUGGAGAAGGUCCCUUCUGUUCAUUCGAUCGUCGGAGUGUGGACCUAAAUUAUGCUGUGUACGACCGACCCGCGGCAAAGAUGCAAUGGCGGUCAAUCGUAGUUGGCCUGGUCUUGCUGAGGCUUUCCCUCAGCUGUUUCGUAUGGCUAGCCUUCGGACUCGGACCUAGCGUCAGCUGGGGGUUCAACUUCCCCCUGGGUUUUAAUCUAGGCAAAUUAGAAUUGUUAUUUAGGGAUGGAAAAGCCCCCAGUCUGAGAAGCAGCUCUUGGUCUCGGAUUCACGGACACAGGUAUGAAGAGACGGAGACCAUCUGUACGAGGGUGGAAGAGGAGUCGCCCAAAGGGUCUUACCUGAGCUUCUUCGACGGGAACAGGGACGAGUAUGAACGGAGAUACGGCUCCUUCCCCGAAACACUGAGAGUGAAAAUGAAGGACAUGGCUAAAGAAAUGUUCUAUUUCGGAUACGACAACUACAUGAAAUACGCCUUUCCCGAGGACGAACUCAACCCCAUUGACUGUGAGGGAAGGGGACCAGACGUGUCGAACCCGUCAAAUAUUAACAUCAACGAUGUCUUGGGGAACUACUCUCUGACACUGAUCGACACCUUAGAUACUUUGUUGGUUCUUGGCAACGUCACAGAGUUCCACAGAGCCGUCAAGCUGGUCAUAGAUACGGUAUCGUUUGACAAGGACUCAACGGUGCAGGUUUUCGAGGCAAACAUCAGAAUCCUGGGAGGCCUCAUCUCAGCUCACAUUCUUCUCACCGACCCUAAACACCCGUUUGGAAAAGUGGGCUUCGAAGGCUACGAUAACGAGCUGCUUCACUUGGCUCACGACUUGGCCGUUCGCUUGCUGCCAGCCUUUGAAAACACCACCACCGGCAUCCCUUACCCCAGGGUGAACCUGAAGACUGGCGUCCCUCCUGACAGCAUCAACGAGACCUGUACUGCUGGAGCUGGAUCCCUGCUGGUGGAGUUUGGGAUUCUGAGCCGCUUGAUUGGCGAUUCCACUUUUGAGUGGGUGGCCAGACGUGCUGUCAGAGCGCUGUGGAACCUGAGGAGCAACGAAACCGGUCUGUUAGGGAAUGUAGUGAAUAUCCAAACGGGCCAGUGGGUUAGCAAACAGAGCGGCCUCGGAGCCGGGAUGGACUCCUUCUAUGAAUACCUGCUGAAGUCAUACCUCCUGUUUGGUGAAAAAGAGGAUUACAGGAUGUUUCAGUCUGCGUACGAGAGCAUCCAGAACCACCUGAGGAGAGGGAGAGAGUCCUGUAAUGAGGGCGAGGGAGACCCUCCUCUUUAUGUCAAUGUGAACAUGUUCAGCGGUGAAAUCAUGAACACGUGGAUCGACUCCCUCCAGGCCUUCUUCCCUGGGCUCCAGGUGCUGAACGGUGACGUAGAUAACGCCAUCUGCCUUCAUGCCUUCUACUACGCCAUCUGGAAGCGCUUCGGGGCUUUGCCGGAGCGGUACAACUGGCAGCUGCAGGCUCCUGAUGUGCUCUUCUAUCCCCUCAGACCAGAGCUGGUGGAGUCCACCUAUCUGCUGUACCAGGCGACCAAAAAUCCUUUCUAUUUACAUGUUGGUAUGGACAUCCUGCAGAGCCUGGAGAAAAACGCCAAAGUCAGGUGUGGGUACGCUACCCUCCACCACGUUGUUGACAAGUCCAAAGAGGAUCGUAUGGAGAGCUUCUUCCUCAGCGAGACCUGCAAAUACCUUUAUCUGCUGUUUGAUGAGGACAACCCUCUGCACAAGUCCGACAACAAGUACAUCUUCACCACCGAGGGCCACGUCGUGCCUGUCGACCAACGCUUCAGGGACAAACAGUGGGACGACCCCUUUCCUUGUACUGAGGGGGCACUGACCAACCCGUACACCCGCCCCGCGCCCACCAACACAAGCAACUGUAACAGGAUCCCAGAAGAGCGGCGCUACACACUCCCGCUGAAGAGCGUCUGCAUGAGACAUAUCGAUCACAUGGUGGGACUUUUCUGAGUGAGCCUUCAGUACGACCCCACAGCUGUGGGUCACGACCCCGUCCUGGUCCAGUGUUCAGGACCCAGACAGGAACCUGACACUAAAGUGAAAACCUGACUCAGCAGUUCUUCAUCGUAUUUUUUUUUUUUUUUUUUACUCUGGCGAAGACAAAUAUCUCAGUCGGUGAAUCAACACUUGAGUCUGGUGACAAAGUCAAAGAUAAAGUGGUUUUAGAAAGAAAAAAAAACAGUUUAAGGUUUGGCUGUUUACUGUGAGACAGUGAUUGGUCAUUACAGCAGCGCUGUGAUUGGUUUAAGUAUAUAAAAGGGAACAGUGACAUCUAGUGGCGUGUACCUGAUUAACACGAACUCUGGCCUGUUUUCACCGGAGGAAAAGGGCUUCAUAAUAACACAGUCACUCAUCAGACGGAGUCGAACACACCAACAGCCCGGAGCCACCGUGCUGUCGUCAGGCAGACUCUCGUCUUCCUUUUGUUUUGCACGUGAUUGAAGGUGAACCAUCAGCAGCAUCAACAGACGACACACACUCAGCCAUUCAGUUACAGCAGAACAAACGAAGAAUGUGAGGGAAAAAAGUGCCUUGAACUUGUAUUCGUCCCCAAAGGCUUUACAGUUUCACUUUAUUUUUAUUUUAUUUUAUUUUUUGUUGUUGUUGUUGUUGUUGCAGCCAACUAUCCCAGUAUUGCACAGCAGGUGUCGUUCAUUCCACGUGUGUGACGUCAGACUCAGCGUCUCCUUUAACAAGCCAUAGAACAAAUGAAUAACGUGUGUUUUCUCUACUUUAUUUUUAUUUUUUCUAAUUAUCAUGUUAUAACUCAGGGUUUUUGAUGAACAAACAAACAAACAAACAAACUGAUUUUGGUGAAGUGUGUUUGCAGCCUGUUCUGGUUGAACUGUCUGCCUUUUUAUAACUGAACGACCUUGAAGACCUGAGAGUGUAGACGUCACAGACCGGACUCCAACUCACAGUCUUCCUCUCACCGAGUCUGUUUCUGUUUCCGUUUCUACUCGGGUCUAAUUCAUGUCUACAAUUCAGAGGAGAAGAAAACGUGACGUCAGUCGACGCGUCAUCACCGACUCUGCUGGAAUCGUUUUACCAACGUGUGUGUGUGUGUGUGUUUUUUUUUAAAGAGUUACGUUAAAGACCGUGACAAUAUCAGAGCUGGUGUGAGUUUAACGUUGUUGUUGUUGUUGUUCAGUGGCGGACUGACGUCUGCUGUUUCCGGUGGUUUUUAUUGACUACAGUCAGACAGAAGCGACAGUUUCUAGUUUCCAGUUCUGUUUUUGCCAAAUGAGCUGCUGCCUUGAAAUGAAUAAACAUCACAACCUUAACCCGAGGAACGAGGGAACUAAUUGUUUUAUAAAAUAAAA